GGCGCCCCGUUUGUAACACACUUAUAUCUUGCUUUCCCUGGCUUGAGACUCGAGGCCAACCUUUCUUUUUAUUCCCCAUCUCCUCAAACCCUUUCCCCAAGUCUGGAUCACUUCCCUCACAUACCCGCAGUCUCCCCUUGAGCCACUUCUCCAGCAGAACCCCAGAGCUGUCCACUCUCAGCACCUGUUCCAGGAAUGCACGCUUUCUCCCACCGCCCAGCCUCACUCUGGCUUGUAAUAUCCUCCUCAAGACUUUCUUGUAUUUUUCCCUCCGGGGCAUCUGGUUUACUUUUCUGAAGCAAAUACACCCAGUUCAAAUACAGGAACAAAGGCCCAAGUUCUUUCUAUGCCUAUUUCUUGGAUGACUGACCUUAGAUCUUAUCAUUUAAUAGAUGAUUUUUUGCAAAAAAUGCUUAGUGUAGAACUUACCACAUCGGAAAAGAGCAAUGCUUUUUUUAGCUGCUUGGAAUCCUGAAACCUGUUUUCCUGAUGACCAGCCUAGUCCUCUGUCCCCGCGCCCACUGCAGCCAUUCUCACCUAGGUAAUCCCAUCCCCCAUGCGCCCAAGUCCCUUCAGCUGUCUCUACCUACCUCUUGAGGUGGUAAUAAGAAUUGAACAGCACGCUGUGUGUAAAGUGCCUGGCCCAGGGCCUGACAGGGAUGCCAGCCAUCUCCGUCCGGGUUGCCACCUCUAACUUGAACCUCAGCGCCCCUCUCUACUCCUGUACGGUCUUCCAGUCCCAACUUACCUGUGAGUUGUGCCAGUAUUGCGUCCCUGUGCUCUCUCCCUUGUUUGCCCUUUAUGUCCCUGGGUACCCUAGCAAGUCUCUAGGUUUUUCCCACAUAGAAUGUCCUCUAGACCCUUGCUCGCAACUGACGCAUUCAUUCUAGGUUGUGCAAUGCAACCUGCAGAUCCUCUCCUCCACGGCAUGUCAUCUUUCCUUUCCCAUGUGAGAUUCUCAGCAAUUUCAGAGGGCUCCCCCACCCCACUGUCUCCAGUCUGAAGAGAUCUCUGCCCAGUAGGCUCCCGGGCAAGCCCACCACUCCUGCUCCUCGCUUGCUUGCUUCCUAUAAUCCUGUUGCCAACGACGGUCCACUGUAUGGUUUACAGACUUCCGGGUUUUUUUUAUCGGAGUUGAUUCUGUCUUCCCAGCUCCCAAACAGUCUUCAUUUAGCAUUCAGCUGUAGUACCUGGGAGUCUCGGAGGUGGGGAGUGAAUGAGUUGCCCUGUGGGAGGAAGAGAGAGUAAAUGGGAUGUGGCUUUUCCAGGGUGACAUCCAAUGCCGUUGGGAUCUCUGAUUUUUUCCCCCCUCCCCAGAGGAAACAAUGCCCUUUUGAUAAUCAUUUGCUCUCUGCUUGCCUGACAAAGUCCUCAGCUGGGGUUUCUCGGUCAACAAGACAGUGCAGACAUUUGUGGUACCAAGCACCACUCUCUCAAGGCCUGGCCACACUGAGGUGAUAACAACUGUUCUGCUCAAGGGAUUCCCCUCUCUUCUCUCCCUCACGCCCUUCCCCACCUCCUCUUGGUGUUAUACAGGGAUAUCAUGUCCAUUUAUAAGGAGCCUCCUCCAGGAAUGUUCGUUGUACCUGAUACUGUUGACAUGACCAAGAUUCAUGCAUUGAUCACAGGCCCAUUUGACACUCCUUAUGAAGGGGGUUUCUUCCUGUUCGUGUUUCGGUGUCCGCCCGACUAUCCCAUCCACCCACCUCGGGUCAAACUGAUGACAACGGGCAAUAACACAGUGAGGUUUAACCCCAACUUCUACCGCAAUGGGAAAGUCUGCUUGAGUAUUCUAGGUACGUGGACCGGCCCUGCCUGGAGCCCAGCCCAGAGCAUCUCCUCCGUGCUCAUCUCCAUCCAGUCUCUAAUGACGGAGAACCCGUACCACAAUGAGCCUGGCUUUGAGCAGGAGAGACAUCCGGGAGACAGUAAAAAUUACAAUGAAUGUAUUCGGCACGAGACCAUCAGAGUGGCGGUCUGUGACAUGAUGGAAGGAAAGUGUCCCUGCCCCGAACCCUUACGAGGCGUGAUGGAGAAGUCCUUCCUGGAGUAUUACGACUUCUAUGAGGUGGCUUGCAAAGACCGCCUGCACCUUCAAGGCCAGACGAUGCAGGACCCUUUUGGAGAGAAGCGUGGCCACUUUGACUACCAGUCCCUGUUGAUGCGCCUGGGACUGAUUCGUCAGAAAGUGCUGGAGAGGCUCCAUAACGAGAACGCCGAAAUGGACUCUGAUAGCAGUUCUUCUGGGACAGAGACAGACCUGCACGGGAGCCUGAGGGUUUAGACCCUGCUCCCCUCUCCCCUCCCCCCUACUCAAGAGUCCCAGCAAAGUCCCUCCCCCCCACCCCAGGGACGGAGAGGCGCUGUGUAUCUCCCUCCAAACGUGACGUCAUCCUGCAAGAUGGCAAGAGCCAAGCGAGCUCCGAUCCCAGGGCGUGGGCGUGGGGAGGCCGUGCCCUAUCUGACCUGCCUGGCUCUCAAGCACCUUGGGCUGUGUUCGUCCCAUAGCGGGCCCCAGGGGCCCCUGCCGGAGAACCUGAGCUGGGGGCCUCUGACAUAAACGCGACAACCGACACACCUCUCCGUGGGGCCAGCUCCUUAGGCGUAGGUGGGAGACAGCUGUAAUUCCAAGAGAGAGUGUGCCCAGAUGAUAUGUGGGGAUGCCUGGAAGGGAGCUUUGGGUGGGGGAGGGGGGCGGUCUGUGACACUUGAGCAGUCUGGGUGGUUGUCUGUCUGUCUGCAGUCUUGAAAGCAGGGCUUCCCGACGCCCUUUUCCUCCCUGCCUCUCUCCCAUUACUUCCCGUGGGCCAGCGUAAUUUAGUUUCUCCUAAUUUAUAGUCACUGUUCUAGACAGACCAAAGAGCAGGAACAGUGGUGGAGUCUAGGCUGCUGAUCAGUAAGCUUUACCUAGCACCUGAGCACCUUUCUCCUCUGCCCCCGUCCCCUCACCCGUCCCUGGAGGUAAACGUGACUGGGACUGAACCAAGGUCUUGGUUGAAGCCCACGCAGGCACCCUGAGAAUCCCCGCAAUCACUGAUUUGAAAGGUUUCCAACACAGCCGGCUGCUGUGCGUGUGGGAUUAGAGCCACUACGUAGAAUAGUUUCUUACAGAUUUUCCGAAAUGCUAGCCGCAGUGAGGGCACUAAUCCUGAGGGCGGGGUGCAGCGGGGCGAUGGAUGCCUGUCCUGUUGUGUGGUGGCGGUCCUCGUGUCUUUUCACCCCAGCCUCUGCCCUCCCACACCCACCCCCUCAACUUCAAUGCCCAGGAACUUGUGGGGAGCAAGGUAGCCAAUGGCAGAGGGCGGCUGGGACUCUGGGCUCCCCUUCUCGCCUCUCCCCUGCCCCCUCCCCCCCAAGCUGCUCUAUCCCUGGCUCUGAUGGGUAUCUGCCUGGCCGUGUUGCUUCUCUCUGCAUCUAGCUGCAGUCAUCCUUUAGCUGGUUUUGGCUCGGAAACGUGCUUUAGGUGCCCUGUGGUACUGGGCGUUGAGGGAAUCCAGCCUUCCCAAUUUUGGUGUGUUCUCCCCGUAUUUUUCCAGAUUCUUCCUGUUAAUGGCUCCCAGUGGGGAAUUGGUGACCCAUGUGACGCAGGGCCUCAGUCAGUAUCCAGCCACUCGUGAGGGAGAGAACUUGUUUGUACCUGCCCCACCUGCUGCCUUGGAGGCGACCUCCCCCGGGGUGGGGGGUGUGUGAGAGGGGUUGGGUGCCAAGGAGAAUGUCCUACUUGGGGCAGGAAGCAAAGGAGCUGGACAGGAAGUGGGCUUGGGGAACGGAAGUUGAUCUGUGAUGCCUAAGGCAGAGUCUUCCUGAGACUUAGACAGGGACCCUACUUCCGCUUUCCCUCUUCCAUUCCCAGAGCUAGCACAGGGCUUAGAAGAAUGCCCUUGGUCUGUUGGUCCAGUGGUUGUCUGUCAUCCAUUUAAGUGUUCCUACUUUCAAGUGACAAUCCUCUCCUUGGCCCUGCCGCGGGCAGAGCAUGUCUGGCGGACCGGCCUGACUUUUACGCCCUAAUCUUGAGUUGAGGAAAUAUAUGCACAGGAGUCAAAGAGAUGUCUUUAUAUCUGACUGUACAUAAAUGAAGUUUUUUUUUUUCUUUUUGGUGCAAUAAAGUUUGUUUUGGCA